AUGAGAAAACUUCACUUAGUUGACGAGUGUAGUAGCUGUUUUUCGUGUCAUUUCUUGACCUCAACAUGCCAUUUAACGUGCUUCAUAACGUGUCACGUGUCACGAACUCAGCCAGAUCAGACAUGUCAAGUUCACUUGCAAAUCCGAAAAUUUGCUACCAAUGAAAGCAGACAACCUGACAGCCGAAAAGCAGAUAAGAACAUUUUUUUAAAGGAGAAGUUGAAGUGUGAGGUGGUGGCAAAUGCCCGUCGUAAUACGAUAUUGCUGGUGAGUAUGGUGGUGAUGUUCGCUGUAGCAUGGUUACCGCAUAAUAUUGUUUCGUUGCUGAUGGAAUUCGAUGAGAGAAUCUUCGAAAGGGACGAUGGUGUAAAUAUUAUUUAUCUGAUUAACUUAUUCACACAUAGGCAAGUGUUCGUUCAUCAUUGCAUAAACAAAAUAAUAUCGCGCCGUCAAGCUCCACAACCAUUCGAUCCUUUCACUCCACAUUUCUACACGGCAGAUCAUGUGAAAAUUCUGUGA